GCCAGUUUCCUGUAACCAUAGAGAUAGUGAGUUCAGCCAAUCCCCAGGCAGGACCGUGUGGAAUGUUUUCCUGAACUCUCUAUGAAUUUCCUUUCAUGACAAACACUCUGCUGCCUUUUUUCUUUUGCAGCACAGCUCUGAGUCAUUACACUCAUUGGGAAUACUUCCAUGGAAUAAUGCUGUGAAAACAGGAGUCGCCACCAGGCCCUGAUCCGAUUCCUUCAAUCUACACCUUCUCCAAAACAGAUGUUCAGCAACGGAUGACUGCCUUCGCCUCUGCCGAGACACUUUUAGGUGGAGAAACGCACAUCUGGAGAUGCCCACUAUAAGUACAAACAGAAACCUGAGUGUUUUGGCAGACGCUCCUCCAAGGAAGAAUCAAUCAAGUGUUGGCUGUCGGACUUCAGCUCUGCCUCGUGUUUGUUGGGACUUUCAGCUCAGUUUGGCCGUGCCGUUUAUAGUCUUGGCUGGGAUUUUGAUCUUGGUUUUACUAUAUUGGGUGCUUCUUCUUCGCCACAGGCUCCGCAUCGCUCAGGCCGGAAAUGCUCUAGAAUAUUUUGGUUUCUAUCGCAUGGCUCAGUAUGAUUUAAAACAGCCUAAUAUGCCUGUGGUUAUGACUUCUCCUCCCCCUCCACCUCCUCCUCCUCCUCCACCUGUUUUUCAUGUCACUCCACCUCCACCACCAUUGUUAUAUGUGACGCCUCCCCUCAUCCACACCACACCACCCAGUCCUCAUCCAUCAUGUGGAACCGCUUCGGAUGCAGAGGUUUACUCGCGGAUUGGUGUCCUGCGACCCUCUAGACCUUGCAGUGUGAGUCAGACGCAGGUGAUCCUGUUUGAACACUCAGCUUUUUGAGUCUUUCAAGUACAACUACAGCUGAUUUCUUUACAGUGGCUACUUAUUUUCAGGCUGUUUUGUUGAACAAUGUAAAAAAAAAAGGUAUAGAUACUUAUUUUGGGACUAUGUCUUCAAGACAUCUAGAAUGAUUACUAUAAAGGCAACUUGACCCCUGCUUAAAAAAAUCCAAGCAUGUGCUGGUUUGAUGUUAGUUUGAGAUGGUUUUUGCUGGUGCUUUGCUAGCCAUAUUGGCCCUGGCUGAAACUUGAACUCAAAGAUUUACAUUAAUUUAGGCCCAUAGCCAGCCUGGUGAAAGGCUUGGUUGUUUUUUUCUCAAAGUCGGCGUUUUUUGAGUUACACGCCUCAUUUUAUAUUUAAUUAUGAGAUUUAAAUAGAUUUUAAGCACUAUUCUUAUCAGCCUUAGCUUGUCAGCUGGUCAUCAUAACCACACUUUGAUGUAUUAAAAAUAUUUCCUAAAGAUUUAGAAUAAAGAAAUGAAGAGUUCAGAUGCAAAAAAACUCUAGAUGCCAUCUAAAACUUUUCCGCACAUUUCUCAGCCUCCUGUCUCGAUUCAUUAAUUUCACUUUUACAGCAGAAAAUAAGUUAUUUUGAUAGAUUUUAAUAUAAAAUAACUGAACAUAAACAUAGGAGGCAGAGAAAAAUGCUCAUUGUAGAAGAAAAUUCUAGAUGGCAUUUAGAGGUUUUUGCAU